UCAAAAGAAUUACCCAAUUGAAAUGGCACGAAUAAUCACGUUUCUCUAGACUUAAUUUUAUAUAUUUGAUGACCAAGUACAGCAGCCUUUAACACUAUAUACCAACAUGAUUAAUCUUUUUCCACAAAACUGUAUUUACUUAUGAACAUAGCACAUAUAUUUACCACUUAAAAACCAACUAAAUGCACUUAUGGAUUAUGAAAUCGGCUAGGUAAUGAGCAAUAUGGGGCCUUGGUUGGUAAAACCCCAAAGCCAUUAAACUCCCGGAAAAUUAUCAAUGGCCUUUGAAUGUGUCGAAAUGCAGGCGACGGCGUGCAGUAAAUUAAACAAAUAAUAAACUAAGCGUUGAUAAAACGAGAGUCAAUAAAUAAAUACAGAGACCCCGACCCAGACAUUCUGGCCAGUGUAUGAGUCUUAAACUGGAAUCGUGCAACAGAAAAGCGAAGGAAAAUGAAUGGCUCGAAAGCAAUUAAGGAAACUGCAGUAUGUCAAAGGGAGACGAAGGCCUCUACAUAAUCGCCAAAACGUGCGGCAAUUACACGGUAGCUUGAGGAACUGAAUGCCAAACAUCUGCUGCUCCUCCCGUCGGCAUAGUCUUUGGUAUAAUUUGCACUCGGCCCAAAAGCAAAUUCAAUUAACCAACGAUGCGGACACGUGCCGAAUCCAAGACGAUGACGCCAUGUCGAUGCCACAAUCGCUGACUAUAAAAACACCAGCUAAAACAACAACAACCCCCAGUACUUCACAUCAAGAGCCCACUCAGACCUGAACUUCGACUAACUCAUUACGAGGAACAGCAGAUAUCUGGGUAUAUAUACAUAUUAUGGGCAAAUAAAAAGGCGAUCCAUUCAUAAAUUUCAUUCAACAUAAUGAAAAGAGCAGCGCUCUUCACAUGUUCAAUGCGAUACCCAUCCAGCUGUGAUAAGAUGACGCAAAACCAAGCCAUAAGUGCACUCGUCUGGCUACUUCUAUUGACCACACCAGUUAAAUCCGGUGAACCUUGGAUGGAUCACUUCGAGGACACCAGGGAAGAGUCUCCGCACGAUGAUGAUGCAAUCAUGGAAAGACGUUGGCAACUUGGCUAUGAGAACUAUCGACUUCGCUGCGAGAAAUUCGAGAUGGAGGCUGAUCAAACUCCGGCCGUGAGAACUCGAAUAGCUGGCGGAGAAUUGGCCACGCGCGGCAUGUUUCCGUAUCAAGUGGGUCUGGUGAUUCAGCUGAGUGGCGCAGAUCUGGUCAAGUGCGGUGGUUCCCUUAUCACUCCGCAGUUUGUUUUGACUGCAGCCCACUGCCUGACCGAUGCCAUAGCUGCCACCAUUUACACGGGUGCCAUCACAUUUGCCGAUUCGGAUGACUCCGUGGAGGUGAUACAAGUCACGCAUAGGGACUUCUUAGUUUAUCCCGAUUACUUGGGCUUUGGGGGAUACAAUGACUUGGCUUUGAUACGGCUGCCCAGGGGAGUGCGAACCUCGGAACAAGUGCAAACCAUUGAACUGGCUGGGGAGUUCAUGCAUCAGAACUUUCUGGUUGGCCAAGUGGUGACCCUAUCUGGCUGGGGUUACUUGGGCGACUCGGCCGAGAAAAGGACUCGACUGCUACAGUACUUGGAUGCGGAGGUGAUCGAUCAGGAGCGCUGCAUCUGCUACUUCCUGCCAGGAUUGGUGAGCCAGCGACGUCACCUGUGCACCGAUGGCAGCAAUGGACGAGGUGCCUGCAAUGGCGACUCCGGUGGCCCCGUGGUGCACCACUGGCGCAAUGUCAGCUACCUGAUUGGGGUCACCUCGUUCGGCAGUGCGGAAGGUUGCGAGGUGGGGGGGCCCACUGUCUACACCAGGAUAACCGCAUAUUUGCCAUGGAUCCGACAGCAAACGGCAAUGACCAACUAAAUGCAAUUAACGCCUAAUUGCCACCCAUUAAUUGCUAAACAAUAUAGUCGGUGCAGACAAUAAAACCCAUUUCAGCAAUGAAACCAGGAAAAGCAGGUUCAUCUGUCCAGGAGGGGGAAGGUGAAAAUGGUCCAUUUUAUGGGUGGUUGUUUUCUCUUGAAUGGAAAUUGUUGCCGAUAAAUAACAAUAAACAUUUCGGCAUUACCGCAGACCAAGUCAAUUUGGGCAGCUCUCCAUAAAGGCACAAAAGAAAAAUAACAAAAAUAACGAAAAUAGCAUUCCCAUGGAAAUUGCUGAUGAAUUCGCCACCGAAAUUGAAA